AAAUCAUGUUACGUAACCAGCUGAUUGUUGGCAAGAGCUCGAAGAAGUCCAUCGCGGAUGUGCACGUAAUAUUUACAUUUACUUAAUAAAAAGUAAAAAUCUUCUCCAAACCCGGCAACAAUGGCACUUUUUCAAAUGAAGUGGCUGCGGCGUUGGGUGCGUCGUAACACAAACCCAAUACCAGAGGAUAGUGCAGAGCUUUGGAAGCGGCGUUUGAGUGUUGCGUAUGCGCUACUCGCCUGGAACGCAUUCGGUUUCGUUUGCUACAUGGCCUACACCGGGCGUAGCGAUUGGGCCAAAUAUUAUGGUUAUAAAAGCGAAGAGGAGGCCAAGUUGUCACCUGCACAACAAUUUGCAACAAAGCUGAACGUCGACAGAGGAAAAAUUGUACGAUACUCAGGAUUUACGCGCGUUGGAGAGGUGGAAUUCGAUAAUAAAUCUGAUAAAGUGGAAUAGCAAAAGCCUUGUUUUUUAUAUUAGUGUUAUUGUUUUGAAUUUGCAAAGUGGAUUAAUUAAAAAAUGCACUGCACAAUUCUCAUCGAAUUUGUUUUUGUUUUGAUAACAGGGCUGCCAGGCGUGUAGUGUCUGAAAUCCGUACACGGACAAAAAGUGGUGGGUGAAAAAUCCGUACAAUUUCCGUACGCCCAAAUUUGUUUGGCGAGCAAAAAAAAAAUCAAUUGUUCCUAGGUGAACACAGAAAUCGUACUUUUAAUAACGUCAAAUCAAGGAACACAUUAUUCAACUA